GUGAAGAUAUGCAACUUUUUUUCAAAACGAGACUGGAAAUUGAAGAGAGUCCAGAGUUUAGAGAGAGAGACAAUGGCCGCUCCGUUAGAACUUCCUGCUAGCGCCUUUUUUAUUUUCAUGGAAGAAUUCAGCGAAACAUUCAAGCAUGAACAUCCUAACUACAAGUCAUUUGCCAUUGUGGGCAAAGCUGGUGGAGAUAAAUGGAGAUCCAUGUCUCCUGCUGAAAGAGGUAUUUAUGAAGCAAAAGCAGAAGCAAGGAGGACUCAUUACGUCAAGAACAUACAAGCUUAUGACAAGAAAAUGGGUAAACGAGCAACUUCUGAUGAAGAUGAAUCAGAUUCAGAUUCAGACGAGAGUGAAGAGGUUAUGAACUCACUUCCGGAUACAGUCGAACCCAGAAGACCAGCGAGUGCCUUUUUCUGUUUCAUGGAAGACUUUAGACACACAUAUAAGAAUAAACACCCUAACAACAAGUCAGUCAGCGCUGUAGGCAAAGCUGGAGGAGAUAAAUGGAGAUCAUUGUCUGAUGCUGAGAAAGCUCCUUAUGUAGCAGAAGCAGAAAAAAGGAAGGCUGAGUACAACAAGCACAUGUGUCCUUACUGCAAAAAAAUGAGUGAAGGAGUAGCUUCUGAUGAAGAUGAAUCAGAGUCUGAUGAAGAUAAUGAAAGUGAAGAGGUAGAUCGAGACAGACCUAAACGGCCUGCCAGUGCCUAUUUCAUUUUCAUGGAAAAAUUCUCACAAGCAUACAAAGAAAAGCAUCCAAACAAUAGAUCUGUCUGUGUUGUAGGCAAAGCUGGAGGAGAUAGAUGGAAAUCAAUGUCCGAUUCUGAGAAAGCUCCUUAUGUAGCAAUGGAAAAGCAAAGGAAAAUCGAGUAUCUCAAGUACUGGGAAGCGCAUGAGAAGAAGGCUGUGAGCCCUUGGGAGUUAGUUUACAAAUAGCAAAAGUUCGAUUCUACGAAGGGCUGUGUUUGGUCAUACAAUUCCAAAACUGGACAGAGAGAGAAUGGCAGCUCCAAGUACAAAAUGCUUUCUUGUCACAGGGCCUCCUGUAAGUGCGAAAAAGAAAUUUUUCUAAGCAGUUAUUCAUCUCCUUUUAAAUCAAUUCCAAUUUCAAAGUUCAGAUUUUCUGCAGGAUGACAAUCUUUUUAUUGUUAUUUCGAUGUAACUAACAGGCUGGGUUGCACCAAUACCGCCACGGGUGUCUGCCACACCCGUGUUUCCGUGUGUCCAAUACGGCAAAUUUAAAAAACCAUGAUACGGCGCCACACCGGUAGGCAUAAAUAUCGUUAAUUUUUAAAGAUAUGUAAACAUAUAAACAGGGCAUAAUUUCAAUGUCGAUUCAAAAUAUAUAACAAAAGUUCAAUUAGAUUUUCA